AUGUUAGCGAACAGGAAGCGCCAGCGCAGUGAUAGCGUCGCUGUCCAUGCCCUUCCUAAGAAGGUCAAACAAGCUUCUCCCGAAGCUGAUGUGAGCGCCACCUCGAAGGACGACAAGAGCGCCGUCCCCGAAAACGAAGAGAAGUCACAAACGUCCGGCCCCUUCAUCUACACCACGCCAAAAACGGACGCACAGUCAUCCGACAUCCACCUCCUGUUCUUUUCCUUCGAUAUCGAGGAACGGAUGGGUAUCAAGGCGUGGCCCCGCGCAGCCGUUCGCGAGAUAUGGGCGCUCAUCAAGGAUCUUCCCGAAGAUGAGCAAGAGGCCAAGCUUGAGGCCCUCGACUGCGUCAAGACGUUCCCACUCGUACAAGUCAACUAUAGCGACGAGGACGUUGAGAGUGGGGAAGGGGGGAAGAUGUAUGAUGUGGCGAUCCAAGCUAUUGACGCAGACGAUGAACACUCGGGGUGGCAGGACGUCGUACUGCAGAGGGAGAAACCGCAAGGAGGCGUUCCUGCCCUUGAGUUAAAGCUGGACGGUGAGCCGCAGGGUAGUGAGGAUCCAGGCUGGCCGUACCAUGGUCGAUGGUGGUGGGUGUCGUCGCAACCGGCCAGCGCGGAAGACGAGCCAGCCAUCAAGAAAAUAGGCUCUGUAGGUCUGAGCGAGUGGACUGGGCUAUGGGAGCCUGAGGGUGAUGCUGAAGGGUCAGAGGGCGGGAAUGGAUCCGGGGCUGAGGACGAAGACGGUUGA